GUCUCAAUCUAAUUUGUGUCAUCUGCUCUCCUGUUUGUCUGUUCAUUUCCUCCACUGGUUCUUCAUUACGUCUGUGAUGGAUCUCAGGAUUGUUGUGACCAUCUCCACACUUUUACUCAUGACCAUUGAAUCAGACCAAACAGUCCCAAACAUCACAACGUUCACAACUCCGACCAACAACACCACUGAUAGCAGCAGCAGCAGCCCUUGUACCUGCCCCACUACAUCUCCAAAAACCACUGCUACCCCCUCCACCAGCAGUUCUGCACCUGCCCUGGACCUAAUCACAAUUAAGUGGACAGAGAACUGUAAAGGAGAAGUCCUCCUGAUCCUCAAUUAUACCUCCAACUCACCAGUCUGCUACGACAACAAGACAAAAGUCCAGAGUCUUUUGGGAAAUGUGUGUAAGAACAAGAAAGAUUGUGAAGACCCCCCGAAGUGGGAGAGAAGCAUGACCAAGACUAUCUGUUAUCACUUAACUGAAAGUAUGAGAAAGGAGGAACGCAAAUAUGAAACACUGAAGGUCCAAUGCACAGUUGGCCCAGAUGUACAGGGGCAGCUGCAGGGCUACAAAGUGGUGACAGCUUUGCUCUGCUGUGUGCUGUUGGUCCUUUUACUGAUGCGCUUCACCAGACCCACCGUCAAAGCCCUGCAGAAGAGAUUAUCAGACAGGAGGCAGAAUCGCUGGAUUGGCCCAACACAGAGUCACAGCGUGUCUUACCACCGAGGGAAAACUGCAGUGAAAAACAAUGAUGGAGAGAAGAGACUGUCCUAUCCUGCUCUGGAGCGUCUGACGGUCAGUGACAGCAGGGAGCCCUCAUCUAACAGGAACAGUGGCUACAACCUCUGACACACCUCCUCCUCCUCCAUCACCACCAACAUCAUCCUAUGUUUGCGAGCUGAACAUGUUUUCAUAAGGGAUUGUAACUAAAUACAGGAAUAUCACUUCUAUUUGAAGAGGAAUUACUCACCACAUUUUUCAAAAUCAUGUAAAAGUAAUAAUUGAUCUCUGGAUACACCUACCUUAGCUGUAUAAUGUUCAAUUCUAUCAUGACUAAUAGUCAGUACUUAAAACAAUCAAAGUGUAGAGUCCAAACUAACCUAAAC